AUGCAACUGGUGCCUCAUUUCCAUUUCCCUUCCAUCACCUUCCCUCGGACCUUCCACUUCAUCUAUCUCAUCAUGCGCAGAUCUGAUCUUGACCUCAUCCUUGCCAAGGCCACUUCUUCUGAUGAUGCUGCACUUGCCGAGAAAUUUGUAUGGGAGCUUGCCAACCUCUUCUCCUCCUCCCCCUCUACCUCCCAAGCUUUUGCUCUCAGCUUCACCCGCCGGUUCGGCCGGACCAAGUCCUGGCGCGUCGCCGUCAAAUGCCUCCACCUCCUCCACCGCCUCCUCCGCACUCUCCCCUCCGACCACCCUUUCCACUCCGACCUCCUCAGGUCCCAUGCAAAUGCCAUCAUUUCCCUCAAUCCAUGCCAUUUCCGCUGCACUUCGGACGAGUUCACCAUCUUUGUCCGAUCCUAUGCUUACUUCCUUGACGAGGCUUUAUUCUGCCUCCAGGAUACUAUAGUCUAUUCCCCACCUCCUCCUGAGACCUUUGCAAAGAAGGUGGAGGAGGUGGACCAGGCCGUCGAGCUCGUCUCUCAGCUCCAGGGCAUGUUAGACCGGGCGAUGGAGUGUCGGCCGUUAGGCACGGCCCAUCGGAGCUCCAUCGUCCGGUCUGCCAUGAAGCAUAUCAUAUGCGAUAGCUUCAUGUGGUACGCCGCACUCCGGCCAAGGCUCGUGGUUGUGUUGGACAACCUCCUCCAAAUGCCACACCGGGUUUGCGUCGCCGGGCUCGGCAUCUAUAAGAAGGCCGCCGAGCAAGCCGGCCGCCUUGAGGAGUGUUACGAUUGGUGCAAGAGGAUGAGCCUGUGUGGGCUGUAUGAGUACCCUCUCGUGGAAAAGAUUCCUCAGAUUCAAGUCCGGGCAAUAGAAUCUUUUGUCGAGAACAUGUGGCAGCUGACGGAAUCUUCGUCGUCAUCAUCCCCGGUGACCUUCUCGUCGUCUUCGUCAACUCUAAUGGAGUCGGAGAGCAGCAGUAGCAAAUCUGUAGAGACUGUGAAGAUAGCUGCGAUUAAUGUGGAGUGGGAAAUGCUUGAAGAGGAGGAGAAGCCAUUACUUCAAUUUGGACAGGAGAGUCCCAGCUGGGAGGAUCUAUUAGAGGCUUCGGUGGAUUGCUCUUGGACCUGGGCACCUCAGACCUUUGAUGAACCGCGGGCGAGUUCUCAAAGCAAUGAUGACAAUGGACUUGGAAAGCAUGAGGGGAGCUUGCGAGAAAACAAUCCUUUCUUAGAUCAUGUGAGUAAUUCCGUUACUACUUUGUAA